UGACUUUCCCAUAGAGUGAAGAGGAGGACCCUGUUGCAUUUGUUGGAAUCACUGACUAGUAUUGGCCCCUCUCCUUCGACCAUUCUUUUUCCGCCAUUAAAAGAUUUGCCCAUAUAUCUCCAGAAUCACCUUUUCUAGGGUUCCCCUUUUCCUGCACAACUCGCAUAUUCUUUAUUUUUCGCCCUUAUCUUUAACCCCUCUCUUCACCUACUCAGACUCCAGACGCUGCAUAAUUGUUUCGUCGUAACCUCGUAAGAUUGUGGCUUAUUUAAUUCUUUUGGAUUUUUGUGAUGGAUGACGGGGAACUGGAAUUUUCUAACCAAGAAAUGUUGUCAAGUUCAAAUUUUGGUGAAUUUCCAGAUAGUGGUUUGAUGGACAGUUUCUUCAAUGAAAUUCUCAAGGAUACACAUGCCUGCACUCAUACACACACCUGCAAUCCACCUGGCCCUGAUAGCACUCACACACAUACAUGUUAUCAUGUUCACACCAAAAUAGUUCCUCCCCUGAGUGAGGAUAAGACGGCAAGUGAUGAUACUGCUGAAUCCGCAGAGGGAAAAAGAAAGAAACGCCCUUUGGGUAAUAGAGAAGCGGUUCGUAAGUACCGUGAGAAGAAGAAGGCUCGAGCUGCCUCAUUAGAAGACGAAGUUGUCAGAUUAAGGGCUAUAAAUCAGCAACUCAUGAAAAGGCUGCAGGGUCAGGCUGUGUUGGAAGCUGAGAUUGCAAGGCUCAAGUGCUUGCUUGUGGAUAUCCGUGGAAGAAUUGAAGGUGAAAUUGGAUCUUUUCCAUACCAGAAGCCUAUGAAGAGUGGGGAUGUUUAUCAGAACCUUGUUAAUCCUAAUCUCCCUGGAGCAUAUGUGAUGAACCCUUGCAACUUGCAAUGUGAUGAUCGGGUUUACUGCCUCCACCCUGGAUCAGAAGGUAAAAACUCGGAUGGCACAGCAUUAGAUGGACAAGGCUUCGAUAAUUGUGAAUUUGAGACUCUCCAAUGUUUGGGUAAUCAGAUCUCUGAACUGAAGGAGGGUUCUGGCUGUGAAUUGGGUAGUGGAGCCCCUACUGGAAACCCUUCUGGCAGGAGUAAAAGAAAAGGGACUCGAGCUGCAACAGCAAGUUGAUGAACUGCUCAGACGGAGGCAUCUUCGUUUUUUGAGAAUAAGUACAUUGUGUUAUGUUACUUCUCCCCUUUUUGGGGUUUCUUUCCAGCAUCUUAUCUUCAUCAUGUUCAACUUUAUAAAGAUUUUCUUUUUCUGGCUCUUCAGUGGGCAGUCUAGUAGGUGUGUAAAUUUCAGUCAUCUAUCUUGAGUGUUUGGGUAAAGCAGAACAAUUGAAUGCAUGUAGCUAGAGGACCCCGUAAGGAGGAGACAAGACAUUGGUUUUCUGUAAAGAUCUUUACGCUUUGUUUCUCAGUCUAGUAUUGUUCUAUUCUUUUGGCGUGUAUUCUCGCUGG